AUGCCGGCGCGUACCCUUUCCUCGGAGGACUCGAUNGCCCAAAAAGGAGGCCUGACCCUGGCCCGACUCGUCGACUAUGAUGAUCGCAUCACAGAUGCACUCAUUGAUCGCGUGAGUACUCGUCGCAAUCAUGAAAGUGCUCCGACCUGGACACUUACCGCCUACAGNGUCUACUACUGGACGACCAUCCGUAAGCUACGCACCAACCGCCCUCUCGGAUCCCGGGGCAUCAGAGAGGACGAUGUCGCACGCAUCCUGCAGACUCAUGUCAUCUUGAAGAAGGAUGCCGCCACGGCCGCCCAGCAUCUGUUACAGCUGCCUGCUUUGGCCCACUAUUUCAACACCCUCUCCUCCAAGGAAGAGAAGAAACACUUCCAGGACCAUUUCAGGAAAUAUGUCAAUAUCUAUCUUCCCGACUGUCCAUUUGAGGUUACAACCACCAACCGCUACACCAUCACCACCCAUGAGGCUGCAACUGUCGCCCGCAAACCCAUUCGCAGAAACGAGACCAUCAAAUACUUGACUGGAGUCCAGGUUGCCAUGUCUGAAGCCGAUGAAAAGUUUCUUGGUAUAAAUGACUUCAGUGUCGUCAUGUCCAGUCGCAAGAAGCAUCCGUCUCUAUUCCUUGGUCCCGCACGCUUCGCCAACCACGAUUGUAACGCGAACGCUAAGCUUAUCCCCAUGGGUCACAAUGGCAUGUCAAUCGUUAGCGCUCGAGACAUUGAAGUUGGCGAGGAGAUCACCGUCACCUACGGAGAGGACUAUUUUGGAGAAGACAACUGCGAGUGCCUGUGUGCAACCUGCGAACGCCUACAACGAAAUGGGUGGUCAAGGCGACCACUAAUGUCCAGGCACAACAACGGCACGCCAGGACCGCCGUCAUCUGGACAGAAUAAGAGGAAAUUCACGCCAGACAUUACACCCGCUGUCGCAAGCCCUCCUUCGUCCAAACGCCUGAAACUUCCCGUUCCAUCUUCAACACCAAAAGCGCCGCCACAGAUUCCUACUAUCAAAACAGAAGUCAGCAUGUCCUCAACGUUGGAGGUGUCACCACAAGUUCCGAUUAUAAAGAGAGAGAUCAGUGCUUCUUCGACCUUGCGAAUGGUCACUACCAACGACAGCGAAAGUGAUACCUUGGGAUCGGCAUUGUUCAAGCCAAAACAAAAGCUGAAACAUCGUUAUGGGAAGGUUGGCCGGCCACCUAAGCGGAUGCACGAAGCUACACGCUCUAGCUCACCAUCGUCGUCCACCACAGAAGACGUCUCACAGACAUCUUCAGUCACAACGGAUCCCACAUCCGUUGACGAACCNCCUGCCGAAUCAGAUCUAUCAGACCUUUCCGAAAGCUACGAAUUGGAUGACACUUUGCGCGAAGUCAUCCAACGAAAGCCCAGACCAGUCAGAAUGACAACCAGACAAAGCUUACGGAAACAACUCUCUAUACCAAUACCCACCAUCGAGGGCACCGACUCAGAUGUCGAAGAGGAUUCAGCAGUAGAUCGCAGGAAGCCUGGCGAUUACACAUUGACGGCUCGCCUGCUAACGAGUGCUGUGUCGCGCUGGGUCGAGUGCCGCAACUGUGACGAUUACUUCAUUCAACACGAGGCCAAACUGACACGUAUCAACUGUCCCCGCUGCGAGAGACACAGUAAACUUUAUGGUUACGCCUGGCCCAAGACGGACAAGGAGGGCAAGCACGACACAGAAGAAAGAAUACUUGAUCAUCGUACUGUCAACCGAUUCCUGCAUCCGAGCGAGGAGCGAACCACGAAGAAGAGUCGCAAAAGCUUGAGCCAGAUGGUUUCUGAGCGAGAGAGAAGCUUGCGGGAGAGUGAAGAGGCAGAGUCGCAAGAAGGCAGGAGAAGCAGGAGAAGGUACAGCUCAUAG